AUGGAGACGGAAUUGGUGUAUGACGACGGUGAAGAAGAAGAGGAGGAGGAGGUUGAAGAUUACGUUUCACGAGAACGUGCGGUACCAACGUGGUCACUGCCAUCGAUCUUCGAUAUCGGCAGACCCCCAGGGCCUCGGAGGAUGUCAGUCGACUCAGCGAUGUUCAACGACACUUCAGACAAGGAAAAUUAUGUGAAGCCUCGUAUCCUCUCCAUCCCAGGAACAACCGCGUCGCGCCCUUCGAUAUUCGAUGUAGAGGACCUGGAAGAGUUAGACGAGAUUAUCCGACCGACCGCAACCAGAGUGAGCUCAACCCCAAUCAGCGGCGUUGCCACUGACGGCAUCAAGACUCCGUCACUACUUUCUCUCCGCCCACCACCAGGCCUUUACCGCCCACUCUUUUCCUCCGCAGACUUUGACCACAUUUUCGAUGCUCCACAAGACUCCCUUGAGUCUGUAUAUACCGCCUGCAUCGAGGCAAAGAUGCAAGACGAAGAUAUCGCAGAUCAUGAUGUGGUCUCUAACAGCUCGGGCUCAGCCGUCAGUGACCACGGAAUGUCCGAUUACUACGCGGCCAAAGGCGCCACAGCCCGAGAAGCUGCGAAUGCUGCUUUAUCAGAUGAAGCUGAGCCGGUAUACGAGGAAUUUCAAAACUUUCCGUCGGAUCGAUUGGAGGAAUUGCCGAUCGUCCAUCUACCCCCAGAUAUCGCAUCGACACAGCAACAAAAUGCCCAUCAUCCCGCCUCACCAAAACCACUAGAGCAUGAGGACAGAUUGGUUUCGGAUAUCGAUGUCGAUACUGCGACAGAUUUCUUCAGUGGGUGCGAGGACAAAACCACUGUUGUGUUGCCGCACACGAAACUCGAAGUUGAAGCACAAGCGCAGACUGUCAAUGCGGAGCAGAGCGCCGUGCCUGACGAGGCGAGGAUUGCAGAUGUGGUGGAAGAAAACGAUGAAGAUGACACAGACGCCCAUGAGGACUGGCUAGUGUCUCGUGCGCGCACCCAAGCUGUUCUUGUUGGUAGGAUAUCUCCUGGGUUCUCCGCUUCCUUUCCAAUGACACCUGCACAUCCAACUCUUCCGCCUUCUCGCGUCCCGAACUUCCUAUGCGCAUCGGAACCCGAGGACGAUGACUCUGACGACAUGGACACUUUCUAUUAUUACCCGCCGCGCAGGUACUUGAACGAGAAUUUACCCUCGAGUGUAGUCACUGAUGUCACGGAGGAUAUGGCGGUGGAGGAAGUAAGGGAGCGGAAUAAGGGAUUGUGUGUAUUCGGUGGGGUGGAUGAGUUACAUGAGUAA